AUGGUGCGAGUUGUAGGGGUUGGAUAUUGGUACGAACUCGCACCCUCCGUUUUGAGUGGGGAUGAAGUUUAUUCCAGGAAAUUGAAUAGGAAAUCGCAUGAGCUGAAAGGGGUGAUUUCUGAAGCCAUUGAUUCUGAGAGAGCAAGAAAGAUAUCAUGUAUUCUAUACAGAUAUCCCAUACAGGUAUUUGGUGGAUUCGUCCAGUUUCAAAGCAGAUAUGUGACGGACGAAGCGAGCAUGCAAGAGAUGUUUUCAAUGUAUAUUGAAAACCGGGCUCAGAUCUCCUUCAUCGAGUUGUAUAUUGAGUUUGAACAAUCUGAGGCCGACCGAAAUAUUCUACGAGAAGAUUAUAAUACUGACAGUGAAGAAGAGUUCGAAAGUAACUACCAGUUUGUUGGUCCAGAUGGAGAUGGAGGUGAAGAUCAAGGUGAAGGAGCUACGGCGCCAGAUGUAACAGAGGUGGCAAAUGCACUCGCAAACGAUGAGCCGUUUGAGGAGCCAUCAUUCAUGCGGGUUUUGGAUUUGGAAGCCAUGCAUGUUCCGGAGUUUCCGGGAUAUAUGACUGCAGAGAUUCCUAUUGUCGCAGAUGGUGAGUUUGCCGUUGGUAUGGAGUUCGGUUCGAGGGAAGCUGUUAUUAAGGCGAUAAAAGAGUAUACCAUACGACGAAGUGUAGACUACCGGGUGUAUGAGUCUGAGCCGUUGACAUUUUAUGCCAAGUGUACGCAGUACGGAUCAGGGUGUGAUUGGCUUAUCAGGGUUAGCAUGAUCAGCAGGAAGUACUGUUGGGUUAUAAGGAGGUAUAAUGGUAGUCACACAUGUACCCGAGCCACGAUUUCACAGGACCAUUCGAAGCUGGAUUCUCUCACAAUUGCAGAAGCGAUAAAGCCAUUGGUUGAGGCGGACCCGUCCUUAAAGAUAAAGUCGGUUAUAGCAGAAGUGCAAUCGAAGUUUAACUACACCAUUAGUUAUCGGAAAGCAUGGCUGGCUAAGCAAAGGGCAGUAGAAAAAAUAUUUGGAGGUUGGGAAGCAUCGUAUGAAGCGUUGCCUAUAUGGUUUGAGGCCAUGUGUCAUAGGGAGCCGUCAGCUGUUGUCCAUUUUGAGACUAUGCCUGCUUAUCAAGGGGAUGAAUUGGUGGGUGAUAUUCGAGUACUGCAUCGAGUAUUCUGGAGUUAUUACCCCUGUAUUAGGGCAUUCAGACAUUGUAAACCAGUUGUCCAGGUGGAUGGGACUCACUUGUAUGGAAAGUAUAAGGGUUGUCUGCUAGUGGCAGUUUCACAAGAUGGGAACAACAAUAUUGUCCCAAUUGCGUUUGCUGUUGUGGAGGGAGAGACUUCUGAUGCAUGGCACUUUUUCCUAAGUAACCUUCGUCAACAUGUUGUCACUCGGGAUGGUAUUGGUCUAAUAUCCGACCGACACGAAUCCAUCAAUGCAGUUGUGGAGCGCAGAUAUUCAAGGACGGUGCGGGAGUACGAACUGCGAUACCAGCGAUUGCGGGAACGGGGCGAAGCGUAUACAGACUGGUUAAACCGAAUUCCUCGCGAGCAGUAUGCAUUGGCAUUUGACGGUGGAUACCGAUGGGGGCACAUGACGACGAAUCUUGUGGAAUGCAUCAAUUCAGUGUUGAAGGGUGCACGCAAUCUGCCUAUAACUGCUCUUGUGAAGGCAACAUUCUACAGGCUAAACGAGUUGUUCACCCGAAAAAGAGCAGAGGCAGAAGCGCGGAUUAGUGCGGGGCAUGUGUUCUCAGAUGUCGUGAAUUCGAAGUUGCAUGCAAACCAGCUUGCAUCGGGGAACAUUCAGGUCAGUUGCUUUGACCGCCUGAAUGAGGUCUUUGAGGUGCGUGAGAUGCCAAGUGGAAUGGAAUUUGCAGUCGAUCUACGAGGACUUCGAUGUGACUGCGGUGAGUUCCAGGUGGAUCGGAUCCCUUGCAGACAUGUGUUCGCUUGUUGUGCUAACCAACGACUGGAUUGGAAACUAUAUGUCCAUGAUGUGUAUAAGAUGGACCAAAUUCGGCGGGUGUACCGAGCAAGGUUUAGGCCACUAGGUAAUCCUACAACAUGGCCAGCUUACAAUGGACCUCGGUUCGUACCGAAUCCGUACCUUAGGCGCGUCACGAAAGGUCGCCCCAAGAUGACUCGCUUCUUAAAUGAGAUGGACACGCGAAUGUUACGUCGUCCUAGGCGAUGUAGGCUAUGUGGAGCUGAGGGACAUACUCGUAGCAGAUGCCGUCAGUCAUCUGGUGCAAAUGCCGGCGAAAAUGCUCAGUAG